AUGACAACUUUGGCUGCUGAAGACGAGUCUUUUGAACUCUAUGACCUCCGCGUAGAAGUGGUCUGCCCCCCAGGCAAGAGAAUCAUGUGUGGCGCAAAGGAGGGCGACUACUUUACACUCGAGGGCGAGAUGCUCAAGCUGCCGCCAGGCCAAGGCAUCAGCAUAUACAGCCUCUCGUCGGUCCUUCCGCUCUUGCCAGCUAAACAGCGUGUCACCUCCAAGAACGACUGGAUGACAACAGACGCUCUCAUUGCCUGCCCAGACCCGUGCUGUCCAUCACAGCUCAAGAUUGUACGCACUGGGGUCCGGACCUUCAAGCACUCAGAGACAACUCUGGUUCCUCUGCAGGGCAGUGGCAAAUAG